UUGUUUCAGCUGGGCGCUGUGGUUCUUCCCUUGUGAGGGGCGUGAGCUUUUGCUGCUUUUGUGCACCUCUCUGGGACACAUGGCCCUGAACAAGAGGAGAGAAGUGUUCAGAAAGAAAGUCCUGGAAAAACUCUUUCCUGCUCCUGUAUCUCCCGAUGUAGUUUCUUCAAGCGUAGAGAGCACUGCUGUUCUGAAGGGUGCAAUUUCAACUCAGGAAGAGCCGAAGAAUGUGGCAAUUUUGGAAGGAGAUUCCAAUGUGCAAGAUAAAACAAGUGUGAUUCUGCCUUCAAGAAGAAUGUACACCGUGGCUCUGCCUCCUGAAGAUUAUGUUCCGGUCACUACUAAUGAAAACAGUACAAGAAACUCUGAAAGUGGUCCUGAGGACAGUAACACUAGUGCUCCAGAGGAGAAUGAUAAAGGACAACUCCCAAGAAAGAGGCGCCGGAAGAAGAAGCUGAAGAAUGUUUUUCAAACUCCUGCUGAUAUACAUGGAAGUCCAGCAAAAUGUGGAGUGCAUGAAAGUCUGAUUGGAGAUGACUUGCAGCUGCAACACAGAGACAGCCCAAACUUGAGUCAAAACAAAAAGAGGAAAAUGAAAAAGAAGCGGCGAAAAGAAAAGAUGAAAGCAGCUGGCUUGCUAAGAAAACCUGUUGGUACUGAUUUCACAUAUAUGCCUGAAGAAAAGAGAGAAAGGGAGACUGAAGUUGCAGAUAAAGUAGAUGACAUUUUGGAUUUUUUGCAAGCAACACAGGAAAUCUAUUUUUCUGACAAGCUGGCAAAAUGUGCGGAGUCAGCUGAGAGCUCCAAAAGCAUCCAUGAGGUUUUAAAGAGUCUUGAAUCCCACACCCUGUCGUCAUCAGAUGUCACCUGUCUAUGUCAGAUGAAAUCAUUUGUUGUUCUGCAGAAUGUUGAGGAACUAAAUAUUGCCAUGAAAGACUUCCGCACACAUUCAGAGAUGCCUCCAGAUCAAGUCACAGCAAUCUCUUCUUUGUUUCUCUACUGGAUUACAGAUAUCCUUCCUGGAAAGAACAGGAAAUGAGCUGAAUGAGAAUAUCCAUCUGUACAGAGAAGUUUUUCGGAAACGAGAGCAACCAGGGAUGCAGAUUGUGGAGUGGGGGCAUUUAGUUCAACGAUACACAUGGAGAACCAAUUCCCCAUGUGCAUGUAUAUUCUGCAAGAUGAAGUACACUCAAAACAUAAAGCAAGUGUGUCUAGCAAGAAUAGUUUAUUCUAGGCUGCAGUGUUUCCAGGUAUGGUCCUUGGCCAACAGCAAAAUCUUCUUGGAAAAAAAAAGCAUGUAGACUUGGAGUUUUCCAUAGCAUAGACUCAGAUGGUAUUCAAUGGGACCAAGUUCCUACUGGGUCAGGUGAAGUGGAGGGCAAGGUCACCAGGCACAGCCAACUAGAGGAGGGGUUGAAGAACUCACACGUGUCUGCCACAGAAUCAACUCAGAUAUACAGGAAGUCAAAAGGACAUGAAGUUCAACAACAACCUCAAAGCGUAGGGAGAGCAUAAAAGGGAACUUGUGAUCGGUCAAGGCAAUAAGAUCCCAUAUGCCAAACAAGAAUGGGAGAAGGGAUCUGUACACAGUACACAAGAUCAGUGCUCCCUGUAACUUCUCUGG